AGCCACUGCAUAGCGUACUUCCGGUGCAAUUUAGAUAGGUCCCUGCACAUGAGUAAUGAAGACCAUAUACCUUAGAUGGAUAUAUAUGAAGGUUGCUUAAUACACAUACACACUAUGGGGCCAGAUUCUGCUCCACCUCUUGGGGGUUUAAAUGGACUUAGGUGCCUGAGUGCAGUUCUAUUCCACCCCUGGGGCACAUCUAAGCAAUUUUGGUACCCUGAGUGUAGAUGCUGCUGCGCGUUCUAAAGUGGGUAGAAGGGUCCCAACCAUUGGACAGCAGGGGUUCAGAGUGCUUUGGGACACUGCUGGCACCCUCUCAAAAUUGACACCCAGGCCUGGUGUCUGGCAUGUCCUGCCUUCAUUAGGCUACUGUUUUACUCUAUCUGAAUCCCUGAAAAACUGUUAAGUCAAACAGUAAAUGGGUCUUUUCUGAUUUUUGUGUCCAACUCUUACGGGGCAGACAGUGUGGUACAGAAGUAGAUGUAUUAUGGAUUUACAAGGACUUGAACAGGAUGGAGUAGAAUUACACUUAAGUGCCUAAGUUGACCUAGAUGCCUACUAGGUGGAAUAGAAUCUGGCCUUGUGGAUAUGUGUAUCCAUCACUAAAAUGCAGUUAUAGCUUAGAUUCAAUUCAAGAAACAGUUAAGAACACAGAAAUAAAGGUGUUAAAGUUGAGGAUGAAAAACUAAAGCUGUUUUCAAACAAAGGCUGAUAGAUCAUGUAAGAACAAUUUUAGAUAGACCCAGGGUACGUCUACAUGAGACAUUUACUGUGGAGGUGCCUAAUUAGUUUUGCUGUAAACAUCUUGGCAUCUAUAGGUGUGGCCUUAUUAGGCUGCAGGAAACUAAUAAACUCUGCAGUAGGUUAGCACUUGUAAAUACAAGUAAUAUCCUGCUAUGGAGUUUUUUCACAGGAAUGCACAUGUAGAUGCUGACCUUGUUGGCUGGGGCAUGAGGGUGCCUCAGUGUUGGGGCUGCCUGCUGGCUAGCCCUGCACUGAAGUGCCCUCAUGACCUAGGCAGCCCUUCCGCAGCACAUUGAGCCAGGUUGGAGCAGCCCUGGGUUGACAGGUUGACCCCCUGGGUCUCCUGCCAGCGGAGGCUUCUCUGACCCAGCCCAACAUGCUGUGGUCCUGGGCGCACAUGUAAGCACAGUAUCCAGAACCACCUCCAAGGUUUAUUGCUUCACAUUAAUAUAUACAUGUAGACACACCCACAGUGCAUGAAAUACAUCAUUCUUUUGAGGCGUGAAGCAGUGGUGCUUUGAUUUCUUUUGAUUUCCAUGGGCAUUGGAUUGGUUCAGGCCUGUUCAGAGAACUCUGGCAAGGGGUGAAGUUCACCCAGAGGAAUUAGCUAAUUAGUCCAAAUGCUGUAUCACAUGAAGAGGGCUACAUAGCUUCCAGGUUAGAAGGCAGUGCAGGCAGAAUAGUGCACUGUGUUUCAACAUGGCACUCUGGUGUGGCAAGUGUCUGGUGUAGAUAUGCCCAUAUUAGGGUUGCCAACUCUGACUGAAGCUAUUCCGGGAGAUUUUUUUUCCAGCAUGACGUAAUGUCAUUAAUCAUAUUGUUAAACCUGUUCACAAUAUCAGUCUCCCAGAUUAUUUUGAAUAGUCACCGGGAGAUCGAAGCCAAUUCCGGUAGACUCCCAGCUAAUUUGGGAAGGUUGGCAACCCUAGUCCAUAUUUCUCAUUGACUCGAAUAGCUUCAGAGAUCUAAAAAUCAGCCCAUUAGACUGCUCAGACUUUUUCUUUUUCCUUUUUCAUGUUGUUCUAAUUAAUAGGCACAUGUUUAAUUUGUGUGUGGCUGCAUUAACAACAUAUUCAAAUCCAAAUAUAAAAAUAAAAGUUUGGGGAAAUUUAACAUUUCCUUGAUUUUAUAUUUUUAUUAAUAAUUUAGUAUUAUAGACAAAUCAGUCUCUCCUUGAAGUCUAUGACAGAUCUGGACAGAUCUUUAGUAAUAUUAUGACCCAUUUUUGUCUGUAUUUAAAUGCAUGUUUUUAUUACCUACUUAGCCACCAAAGGCCAUCAGUAGUAGAAAUAGCUCAGUGUAUAUUAUAUAUAUACUUAAAAACACAUACAUAGGGACAUGUGCAUAUUUGUAUAUACAUGAGUAUGAGUACCGUUUCUUAUUCCAUUAUAUGAAUAAUCUGAACUUCAUGCAAUAUUUUAAUUUCUAAAUAAUAUUGGGCUAUAUUAUGCCAUCAGUCUAAAGCAAAAACUCUGUUCAAAGUAAAGAAGCUUUAUGCUUCAACAUUGAUAGGACAACAUAAUUUACUAAUAACAACAUACACAAAAUGUCUGACUAUUUGUCACUUAUUUUCAAUUUCAAACAUUUAACCUUCUGAAGAAAAAAAUUUGGGGGUUAAAAUUUUCAUGGGUUUUUAGACUCUGCUCAUGUCGGCCCCAAAAUUGAUAUUUUACAAUAUUUAAACACAAAAGUUUGGCCAUUUUGAACUGCAGAUUUAAUAAAUAAAUGUCUGUUUUUAAAGAACAGUAAAAAGUAAGAUAAGUCUUAACUUGCAUUUUCUGAUUCAGAAAAUUGAAAACAAAUACUUUUUUUUUCCUUCAGGGUUGUUAUGAUCAGAACCUUUCAUUUUAUCUUGUUGUUAAAAAAAGUUGGUUUUGAGGCAAAAAUGGUAAAAAAUGUUUAACAUGUAUGAAUUGUUAUCCUAACAUUACUGUAAUGUAGGAGACUUCCCCCUUCCUUUUUAUUUGAAUGCAUAAAAACUAUAUAAAGAGUGCCUUUUGGACAAGUUCUUAAAAAUACAGUUAAUCAUAAAAAGAGUCUGGCAAUUACCCCCUAAAACUAUUACCUCAAUAGUACCUAAAUAUAAAAGAUAUUUAACCCUGCAGGUGCUACCUGACCUUCUAACUGCUCCCCCAGCUGUAAACUCAAUCCACAGCUGUUAGGCUCAAAGCCUCGGGGCCAAUAUUAUUGGCCAAAAGGGCCAAUUUUAUUCUUGCCUUAUCUUUCAGUUGCUUUUUCUCAACCAUUCAGCAUCAGCUCUGUGGUGUCAGGUCUGGGACUCCACUAGUUAGCUUUUAGUCACAAAUCAAUCUCCCCAGACACUGAGCACUGUAGUCCACGUUUUAGAUUAUAUUAGCCGAAAUGAAGAUGCUGUAUAAAGUUAUUGGCUACUCAACAAACUGAAGGCUUUUCCACCCACCUGUCUUCCCUAGCCCUCUUAAGAACCCUAUAUUUACAGAAAACAAAAGGGGCAACAUUUAAUUAUUACAAUUUGAAAGUAUAAUGAUUAUAAAGAAUGCAGAAAAGAGGAUGUCAUGGAUAAAGGCCUACCGACCAUACUGUAAGGUACCCUCCUCCCAGUUUGUGAUGAAGGGGAGCUCCAUGCCUGGUAAAAGGCAGUGCAUGUAUCUGAGUAUUAUACAGCAAAUUUAAAUCUUUUAAAGAUUUGGAACCUCUGAUGGGAGUGAGGUUCCACUUUUCAAUAUCACGUCCAUGCAACAUUAAAUCUCAUGAUAUAACUGACUUGGAUACUAUGGAUCUUAUAUAACUGACUGAAUAAAAGACCUUGCUUCUCAUAACUUGAAUACUGAUAGUUACAAGAAUUACAAUCAGAUGCAGUUGCAGUAGGGGUAGGCCAAUGAUGAAACUAGAAUGUACCUUACUUUAAUAUUCAGUAAAGUUUUACAUAUGUAAAAGGUGGAGUGCCUUGCUUACACUCUUCUAUCACAUAUUACCUAACUCCUUUUAAUUCUUACUCUAGAAAAAGCCUGAAUCUAUAUCAAAUGUAGGAUUAGAAUGUAGCUGGUUCAGAUAAUGGGAUCCUGUCUCUUUUCUCUGGAUAUCUGACCACAACAGACCAUACACUAGGCCUUAAAGAAGCCUUUAUUCUUAGUGCUAAAAUUGAAAAAUAUAGUCUCAUUUAGUUCUGCAGUUCAUACCUACAUAAUUCCUGAUCUUCAUGUUCCUGAGUCAAUUAACUGCUGGAAUUGUCGGCCACAAACAAUACACAUUCUUUUGGCUAAAUAUUUAAUUGGGCCCUUAUUCUGUAAUGAGCAGGGCUGGAUUACCCCUUUAGUGGGCCCUAGGCAAACAAACUCCUGGGCCUUGGGCUGCUCGAAACGCCCCUCCCCACCUUGGCGCCACUGCCCGCAGGCAGUGGGUCUCAAAGUUGUGGCUAGGAAGCAGCUGCUGCAGCAGUGAAGCCGCUGGAGGGGAAGGGAAGGAGGUGGACAGGGCCAUUUGUACCACCGCUGCGGAGAGAAGCACUCAGGCCCCCCACAGCUCAGGACCCUAGGUAUGUAACUAGUUUGCCUAUGCAUUAAUCCAGGCCUGGUAAUGAGCUUUGUGUUGCUGUGCUGUUGUUCCCAGGUUUUCUUGCUGAGGACUAGGACCCUGGUUACUUUUCUGUAUGGCAGGAAAGCCAUGUUGGGUUUUGCAGUUUUAAAAUAGUUCCCCAGAAGUCAGUUGGUCACUAACACUUUAUGCUUCUUUAUAAUGUAACAUUAAACUGUUGAGUAGAUAGUAUAAUUAGUGAGCCCAGUCCUGCAAAUGCUUACACAAACAAGUAUUGUGCCUUUAUUGCAUUGAGUGGACCAACAAUUGGAUUGGUUCUGUGAACAAAGGUACUUAAAUGCAUGUUUGCAGGUUGGGCUCUGUGCUGUUGCUGCACAGAGAUAGUAAGAGCUGUGCUGUGGCAGUGGCCUCAGUCUCAUAUUGAGCAUUUUGGGAGCACAGGGGUCUGAUGAGAACUCUUGAAAGGUAUUGUGCCUAAAGCAAGCAGCCUUCUGAUGCUUGAGGGCCACUGCUCUAGGUAGCAAGUGGUAUCAACUCCUCUCAUGGACUGGCUAGCACCACUGCUCAGUGGGAAGGAGUGAGGCAGCAGUCUGCCCUCCUUUGGAGAAGCUACUACUGCCAAGUGUACUGGUUGUACAAUCCUGGUAAUCCCCGAGCUUCAUGAUUCUCACGUGAUUAAUCUGUGCACAGGAAAUGCAAAGAGUGAGGAGGCUACUUGUGCCCUUUUUUUCCCUUAUGCACACAUGUAGGUGCUGGACAUAGUUGGUCCUUCACUCUGUAGAUUUUAUGAUUCAGUUGUGGAAUCAGUACUACAGCUGUGAUGGAAUUGAAAACUAGUUCUGUUUAAAUCAAUGGGGAUUUUAUCACUGACUUUAAUGGGACCAGGAUUUGACUGUAGAUUUCCAUUAUAUCCUGCUGCAAUCCAUGCUCUGCAUUCUUGUUUUUAACAUUUCUUUCAUUCAUAGUUUUUUCCCCUUUUUUCACCCUUUUUGGAGGAGACUUUCAAAAUCAUAAAGUUAAUUUGGGCUGAAAUACAAGUGCGGCAACUCCCUACUAGUUGUGCCUUUGAAAAUCUCUCACAAUAUUUUAAAUGUUUACUUGCUUUUUGUCUUUUUCUAUAACAUUAUACGCAUACAUCUCUUAAGUCAGCAUUACAUUUGAUUGUACAGGUAUUAAGAAAUUUAGUUAAGAUUCCCUUUGCAACCUAAAUUCACGUCUCCAUGACUAGCAGUUUCUAAAGCAGUCUUUUUAGGUGAUCACACACAGUUGGGCAAUGUGAUAUGCAAUGUGUCAAAUUCUGCCACAUAUUGCAGUGGAAAGGAACUAUAACUUUGUUUUUUUCUAGCCCUGUGGGUGUUUAUACAAAGUGCUGUAUUGCUACUAUGUUUUUAAGCUCAUAUUUAUUACUGCCCUCCACCAGGAUUUUUAUAGGACAUCAUGCACAUAUUGUCCAUUUCUGUUUUAGCUAAAUAUUUUUUUCAUCUUUAAAUGAGCUUCUGCAGUGUUUUCUGUAAUGCGUACAAGUUGAAUUUUAGUCCUCCUAUAAUAAGACUGUAAAAACUUGUUUUCUGCUUAUAUUGUGUCUUUCUUUAUAAAUUAUCAUGGGUAGCACGUCUUUCGUGUUACUGCAUGUGCUGUACAAUCGUGUCAGAGAAGACUUCACUUAUUAUACAGGGUGUGUUAAAGUUGAUAAGGGAGUUUUACCUCUAAAAUGUCAGUCUUUGGUGUAAAUACAAUCUCAAAGCAAAUAUGUGCUUGUGUAGAACAUAUAUGAUAAACUGGGCACUGCAGCUGAUAGCAGACUUAUAGCAGAUCUAGAUCAGGGAACAGCCCCUAUCGUCUGUUUUUCAAUUUCCUAAAUCUGUGAACUGUAGUUUGAUAUACUUUAGUUUGAAAAUAGGCAGACAUUCUUGUGAUGGGACAUGUCUUCACUUUUCAGUACAUGUCAGUACAUGUCAAGACUUAUGUGUAAUAAAAUCAGUCCAUUAAUAUCUUUUUCACUCUUAAUCACGUUUAAAUUUAAAUUUUAAAAUAUCCAAGCAAUAAAAUCAUUUUAUGGGCACAUUGUUUGCUACAACUAUACAUCUAUCUGCCUUUGCAUUUUAGACAUUUUAAAAUGAGAAAGAAGUAAUUUGAAUUAGUAAUUUCUAUUAUUCUCAUUCUAAUAUGUUACAAAAGAACCAGAAUGACUGAAAAGAAUUUAAAGAAAUUUGUGCUUUAAAGAAGAGACUUUGUAUGUCAAAUUUCAUCUGGGAGAGAAUGGUAAUGUCUGAGGUAUAAACCACUGGAAUAUUAAGUGUUAAAACAGUAACAAUAACACUUCUAAACUAUAGCAGUAAUACAAUAAAUAUACUAUCAUGUACAAAUAAUCAGACUGUGUAUUCUUUGUAUAUUUGUCAAGUCUUCUAUAUUUCUAUUUACAGUUUUGCUUGCAGAAGAUGCUUGAUUCUCAGGAGAAAAAAUGGUUAUAGAUUUUAAAUUGGCAGUUUUAAAAUAACUUAUACACUAAACCCUUUCCAGCAUCAAGUGUCCCUUCAUGGGACUGUUCAUUUCCUGGUACAUAGAUGUGAUUGGACCUUAUCAGUAUUCUCAGAAUCAAAUUUAACAGUGAAGAGACGCGUAUUGAGCUUGCAAACCAGGAAAUACCCUCUGUUGCAAUAACUGUUUUAAAUACCCAUAACCAGAAGUUAGCAUGCGAACUACCAGGCAGGACUUGAAGCAGUUUAUAAAAUAAACGUUCACUUGACUACAAGGCAGUUGCUUGUGAGAUUCUCUGUUUUGAUUGUCCAUGCAGUUGGAGAUGCCAGAGGAGGUAGGACAAUGCUUGAAUAUAAAAUAGAAGCAGAAUAAAUUGUACCAUGGCUGCCAACUGAAAACAAUGAAGGUCAUUUGACUCAUUGAACAGUUGACAGGAUCAUACACUUGUGUGGGAGAGAAGGGGAUUUUAUACUCCAAUGAAACACCCAAGUUUUGAAAUGCUAAGAAAUCUGGAUGACUUCUUGCUGAAUAGAAAUUAUUUCUGAAGGUCUACUCUUGGUGCGUUGAAACAGGACAAUUUGAGGCGGACUCUGAGAAAAUGUUGGAUUCAAUCAAGUGUGUCCUGGUUGGAGACUCUGCAGUGGGGAAAACAUCACUCUUGGUACGUUUCACCUCUGAGACUUUUCCAGAUGCUUACCGGCCCACAGUGUAUGAAAACACAGGGGUGGAUGUCUUCAUGGAUGGUGUGCAAAUUAGUCUUGGCCUUUGGGAUACAUCAGGCAGUGAAGCCUUCAAAGGUAUCCGUCCCCUCUCCUAUCAACAAGCUGAUGUAGUACUAAUGUGCUAUUCAGUGGCGAACCACAAUUCCUUUUUAAACCUGAGGAGUAAGUGGAUGUCCGAGAUCAGGAACCAUUUGCCCCGAAUCCCUGUUUUAGUGGUGGCCACUCAGACUGACCAGCGAGAAACAGGACCCUAUCGUUCAUCCUGCAUCAGCCCACUAGAUGGGAAGCGGCUGGCCCGGGAGGUCAAAGCCAAAGGCUACUUGGAAUGCUCUGCCCUCAGCAACAGAGGAGUGCAGCAGGUAUUUGAGCAUGCAGUCCGGACUGCAGUGAAUCAAGCCAAGAAACAGAAUAGGAGGAAGCUCUUUUCUAUUAAUGAGUGCAAGAUCUUUUAAGUACUUUCAGUUGCCUUUUGGCCACAUCACUUCUUUCCUUACACAGAGGUAUACCAGCUCAGAAAAUGGAAGGUGAGAUGGCCUCUGAGAGAGAACCACAAUGCUGGUGUUUUUGAUGAGCCACUUAUACUUUCAAUCUGACCUACUUUUUUAUCAUCCCUUUCCAUGGAUGAUACCUUCAAAACUGAAAAGUGCAGCUAAAUUUCCUUUCUGCACCAAACUGCAACAGAACUCUUGUUACCAUAGGCUGUUUGGUCAAAAAGUACUGGAAUGAGCCUGAAAUGGAGAAGCUGGGAUCACGUCCAUCAUCUUUAUUUUUUUAAUUGUAGUUGUUGGUUUAUUUGUCCCCAUUUAUUUAACAAUAGAAGACUUUUUGUUUGGACUGAAAAUCCUGCUGACAGAUUUUCCAUAUGGAGUCUUUGAUUCUAAAAAUGUUGUAUAUAAAGUCUAACCAUUGUAUAGUUUAUUUAAAAAGACUUGUACAUUUUGUUUUAAACCUUUCUAAUACAGAGUGUUGGCAUAUUUUCUUCUUCUAGCUAGCCACAAAUACAACUGGGCAUAUCUGUAAAAUAAUGUUCUAGGGCCAAACUCUACAGUUGUCACUCAGGCAAAACUGGGAUAUAGUAAUAGCUGGGAACUGGAAUGCUCAGGGGAUCAUUAAUGGAACAGAACCUUUCACCUUUGCUAGUUCAAAUCUAGCCUGCCCAGCCCAGGAGUGACCAAAAGCUAUUGGCAUUUGAUAGCUGUCUUAUGUCAAAUUUAUUUUGUGGUCUCAGUCUAACUCCCAGAAGACUAGCAACUGUUUCAACAAGAAGGACAAGGACUAGAUGGGCCUGAGGAAACUGACCUGCUCUCUCAUCCCCAAAAGGGCACUGGUUUCAGGCCUGGUAUAAGGACAUUCAUACUGUCUUUACAUGUACUGCCCUUGUUCUGUUGGCAGAAGAUUUUGGUCUUCAGAGAUGAGCUAUUUUUAUGAGCACUAAAAUUCUCGCGCACAAUUUUUUAAAUAGAUAUUUUUUCUCAAAAGUAUUUUUGCUAAAAACAGUAAUUUACUUUAAUAAAAAUAAUUAAAUAUAUGUUGUUGGAUUUAUAUCAUUUCAAUAAUUAAGAAAUUAUCUUUGGAGCUUGUAUGCCAAACAUCAUUUUGUAUGCUUUUGAAUGAUUAAUUAAAUACCCAUUACCUACAGGAGGGAACUAGCAAUAGUUGGGGUGAAAACCAGAGCCAUAGCCAGACAUUUUGGUACCCAGUACAGGUCAUGUGCAGAGCCGCCCCUUCCCCCAGCUAUUAUGUAACAUUACUUCCAUUUGAUUUGACACCCAUGUGCAAAGGGGACCAGUGCCAGUGCACUGCUGCUGCUGCUCUUGCUAUGGUACUGGUCAAAUCCUGAGCUUCUUACCAGAUUUUUUAACUGCAUAGAAAACCCUCUUCUGGGCUGGGAAACUCCAUUAGGUUUACAGAGGGCUGAAGGUGGGUUUUAACCCUCUUAAUUACAGUGGGGUAACCCAGAUAUUUUGUGCAUCCCCUGAGAUCUCCCUCAUUGUGUUCAGGGCUACCUAUGCAGAGGCCACGUGCCAUCUCAAUGCUCCUCUUGAAGACUUCAAGGCUUUCCCUGCCCAUAGCAAUCCGUCUCCUCUUUCUGUCCCUCCCCACAGGAUUUGUGUAGUAGGAUUUGUUCCUGUUGUGUAGGGUGGCUUUACUGGGGGGAGCUGGCUAAAUCACACAUCAGGGGUCCCUGGCCCUUUUCUUUCAACCUUUGCUUUCAUCCAUUCUAUUGUGCAGCAGUGCACUCUGUGGGGCCCAAAGGCAUAGCACCAUGGAAGGUGGUACUUCUACCUUCUACACAGGGAAGGGAGCGAUCCUCUCUGUAUCAGGGUAUGCUUUAAUCCUGCUUUCAUAGGGCCCUUACUCAGGCAAACUCCUGCUAGUUUUUGAAUGGAAAUGUGUGUAAUAAAUGUUGUCUACUUCAAAAUUGA